AUGCAAAAAGAACCCACGUUGCCAAUAAAUGCGGCGGUCGCGCGGCGUGCAAUGUUUGCGGAGCGUUUCUCGUUGGUUAAGCCUCUGAAUUACGAUUCUAGCACGGUCACAGUGUGCCAGUACUCUCUUCAACUCCCUGAUGGGCAUGACUUGCAGAUAUUCGGUGUCCAUCCGCCGUCCAUUUCGUCCUUUGAUUCCUCUCUACCAGGCCCAACGGCAGCUGUCCUAUACCUCCACGGGGGCGGCAUGACAAUGGGGUCAGCACUAGACUCCCAGCCCCUCCUCGCCUGGUAUGCCUGCUCCGCAGGGCUCCCACUCUUCUCCGUGGAAUACCGUCUGGCGCCAGAACACCCCUACCCGACCCCGGUUGAAGAUUGCUACGCGGCUCUGAAGUGGCUAUACCACAAGGCUCAAGAGCUGAACAUCGACAUUGCCAGAAUCGCCGUCAUGGGUGACAGUGCUGGAGGCGGUUUAGCUGCAGCUCUGGCCUUGCUUGCGCGUGAUCGCGCGGAGCUCCCGCAUCCGUUGGCGAAGCAGAUUUUGAUCCAACCUAUGCUGGACGAUCGGGUUGGGUCUGCCGGAUCCUCAGUCCCGCAGUUUGUGACGUGGACGUGGGAUGAUAAUCUGGCGGGGUGGACUGCGCUCUUGGGCUCUCCGAGUGUAGGGGGGUGGGAGGACGUGUCGUGUUAUGCUGCGCCUGCUCGCGCCACGGAUCUGGGCAAUUUGCCGUCGGCAUAUCUAGAGGUUGGGACACUGGAUAUAUUCUGUGAACAUGUCGUCGAAUAUGUCUCUCGGCUACGGACGGCAGGCGUUGAAGUCGAGUUUGAACUUUACCCUGGCGUGCCUCAUGCUUUUCAUUCCAUUUUGCCCGAAGCGCAACGCGCUUGCCAGGCCCGGCAAAAUCAUCUCCGUGCUUUACAGUCAUUCUAA